UCACUGCCUGCACCUCCUCUACCCUAGGAGGCCUGGCAAGGAGGCAUUGUGAGUCACAGCUGGCAGGCAGGUACGUGAUGGAAUCCAGAAAUGGGCCAGGCCUGGGACAGCAGCUUGGGCACCUCUACCACAUCUUCCAGUGCCACUGGCUCGCCUUCAUCAUUCCAGAACAUCGGGGCUCCAGACACCCACGCGCCCCACGUGGCCCACCCCAACUUCACCCUGGAGGCCUUUGAGUGCCUGGCCGCGAGCCAAGCGGGCCGCCUGUGGGAGCAGGUGAAGCAAUUCUGGGCCGACCACUUCUCGCGCCGCUUCUCGCCGCGGAGGCCGCCGCUGCGCCACCUCUCAUCCAUGUCCACUUUCUAUCUGCUGGACCACCGCACGCGGCAGGCUGAGCUGGGGCUCAACUACGGCGCACCGCGCACCCGACUGAGCGACGAGGCUUUCGUGUUCCGCGGCGGCCGGUGGACCGCGGAGGGGAAGCGCGCAAGCGCGCGCACACCCCUGCCCUCAUCCACCAUCCCGGCCUGGAAGCCAAAAGUGCAGCCUAUCAAGAGCCAGGUGCUGCUGGAAGAGAACAACUACCUGAAGCUGCAGCAAGAACUGCUCAUGGACAUGCUAACCGAGACUACGGCGCGCAUGCAACUGCUGGAGAAGAAGGUGAACGCGGAUAACGACCCCGCGGCCCCGGCGCGCUCCUGGCAGAGAAAGAUGCACAAGCACGAGGGCGCGGGCGUGCUUAUAAUCCAGCCGCGCGCUCUGGAGUCGCGGUGAUGCAAUAAAGCUGUACCUAAAGUAGG